GAUCAAGGUGAUGGAGUGUUUAAACAAUUGAACGAACAGCUUAACACAACCGACGCAUAUCUAAAGCUUCUUUCGGAGGUACAAAAACUUCAACAUGAUUUUGGUAAACGACUCAGAAAGUUGGCAGCAGCUUCUAUCCCCAAGAAGAAAACAGGUCCCGAGGAUGCCACUGUUAAUGUGGCUUUUGGUGCUUUGGCUCAACAAUUGUCAAAUAUGGGUGCGGUUAUGGAGGCCGGCGCCAAGGAUCUGAAUGAACAAGUCCUAACUGGUCUCAAGUCGUUUUAUGACAGUGAUAAACGGGAGCUAGAAAACAAGCGAAACGAUUCGGCCAAGUUAGCCAAUAAUGUGGACCAAUUGCGGAAACAACUGGAAACCGCAUGGCAAAAGUAUGUAACUGCGUUCAAAGAGAAGCAAAAAGCGUACGAUAAUUGGAUCAAAGCGGAGGGAGAUUUGCAAUUACCACGAAUUGAACAGCAAAAGGAUGGUGCAAUGGUUAUCGAUAAGCUGCGCAGUGACGAUCUACCACCAGUCGAUUUGCCGUUCCUCAAUCUGGGCACCUGUCCCAGUACCCUGUUUGAUGGUCCUUAUCAGUCCCUUGGGGCUUAUCUCCUUGGUCUAGAAAAUCCCAAAUCCUGCCCACAAAUCAGUGCAUUUGGAAGCGGUUCGUCGACUGCAUUGUCUUCCGCCUCAGGCACGAUGGGUAUGCUUGGAGGUGCCAAGCGUGGCAAUCUUCGAACCGCCUUUAUCUGUGAUAUUGGUGUCAGAGGAGUCAAGAUGCAUCUGGACUGCAUCAUGGUUUCGUUAUGUCUAAUUUACUAUUUGAUAACCUUUUUGGGAGUCAUGUUCGAUAUUUUCAAAGUUUUUCCGAACGUUUUCACUGAGACCUUCAAAUGGAAUUGA